AACGUUACAUUCCAUUAACAUGUUAUAAGUUGGUGAAUUCCUCAACGGCUACUACCAACGUCUUCAUUCUUAAACCCUAAUUCUCAUUUCUUCUUCGCAACAUUAACCUCUCCAAUCUAUACUCUCUUCAAUUUCUCUCUGUAACCGAUUCUACUCUUAUUGAUUACUAUGGCUACCAUUAAUGGGAACACUGAUGCUACUCAACCCAUUGUUGCUCCUACAAAACACUCUCUUCCUCCUCCUAAAACCGUCGAUUCUAAAUCUGUUCUCAAAAGGUUGCAAUCUGAAUUGAUGUCUUUGAUGAUGAGUGGUGAAACUAGUAUAUCUGCUUUUCCUGAGGAGGACAACAUAUUCUUGUGGAAAGGAACAAUUAAAGGAAGCAAAGAUACAGUGUUUGAAAACACAGAUUACAAGCUAUCACUUUCUUUUCCAAAUGAUUAUCCAUUUAAGCCUCCUAAAGUUAAGUUUGAAACAACCUGUUUCCAUCCCAAUGUUGAUCUUCAUGGCAAUAUAUGUUUGGACAUUCUUCAGGACAAAUGGUCCUCUGCCUAUGAUGUCAGAACAAUUCUACUAUCCAUUCAAAGUCUUCUUGGAGAGCCAAACAUUAGUUCACCUCUAAAUCCACAAGCUGCACAGCUAUGGAGCAAUCAAGAAGAUUACAGAAAGAUGGUUCUCAAGUUAUACAAUUCUCCGAGUGCUACCGCUUAAACAUCCUUGGAGUUUAUCAAUCAAGGUGGAAAAAGACUCUUCUCUAUGUGCUCCCGAGAACGGAAGAGGAUGGGAAAUUUAGGAGUUUCAUUUGUUCUUUUUUUCCUGAUGGAACUGGAACUGCAUUGAUGAUUGAUAUCUUCUAACAAAUCAUUUUAUGUUUCUGUUUUUGAAUGCAAAGUUAAUAAUUUUUUUGUUUGGUGAAUUCUAA